AUGAAUGAGAAGACGGGAGAGCUGACCGUGACGACCAGCAGUGGCAGUCCAAGUCUUUCGACGCGAAGCAGUUCGUUGUCGAGGAAGGCCCAGAAACGUUCGUCAAGCGAAAGGCCCAGUGCGUCGGCAACGAAUGACCAUGGAAUGGACGUUGUCGACCACCGGCAACGAUCGGUAUUGAGUCAUCCCUUGGGACUCUCGCUGCUCUCAGCUUUUCAAAAGGGUCUCACGGAAAUCAUAGUAAGCAAAGUUGACGCAGCAAGCGCCCGGCUUGGAUAUCAUGCGCUUCCUGAAGUGAACGUCAGAGCAGAAGCUCACGAGAAACCCCGUGGAUUCAUUGGCAUUCUUUUGACGAACACAGGAUCCAAGGAAGAAGCCUACAAGUCGACCCCGUAUGCUGCGGUUGCAUUUGGGCUCAAGACCGAAGACUGGUGGAGAAAGCUAGAUCAAAACGCAAAGUAUUUGAACCUGAUGAGGGACUGGAAAGAAUCCAAGAAUCCAAAAUUCGAUCGACCGCUUCUCUUUGCCGUGGUGACAAUCAAAGAGCAAACUGAUGGAAGCAAGGAAAAGACAAGCGUCCGAGGCGAAGCAAAAGUCGAGUUUCGGAUUGGAGUCUUUCUCUGCUCUCCGCACGACAAAAUAAAGUACCGCAUGACGCUGAUUUGGCACGCCGCAUCUGACAACCUGGGAAAAGCGUCCAAGUUCUUCGGAAAACUUCUGCGAGUAACCUCCAGCUUUCAACAGUGGCGCGACAAGGAUGGUUCGUUGCCUGCUUAUCAGUAUCUGAGCUCCAACUGUUGCAAAAUUACAGACUGUGUCCUUCGGUGCUACGACAACAGACUUCAACGAACCAACCGUUCAUACGACAUUUACCUGGAUGAAAAAUGCAAGGAAAUUGUGGGCGAGACAACUGAGGUGUUGUCCUGGCAAAAAGCGAUGGAUCCCGAAUCGAUAGGCGAUGAGCAUGAUCCCUUUUGGCAGAACGAGCGAAGUUUUGGAAAGCAACCAGCGCUGCAAGUAUUAUCUAUUCCAUACAGAAAGGGCAGACAUUACGCAAAGAAACUCUCGGACUUUCUUCCUGUAGUUGACAAACUUGAGAAACUGCACAAGUGUGGAUACGUCCACGGUGACAUUCGAGCCUUCAAUGUUGUGUUUGGAGACGACAAGGAUGAAGGCUGGUUGAUCGACUUUGACUACGGAGGCAAGGUAGGGGACGUGAAGUAUCCAAGCGGAUACAAAAAAGCUCUGGCUGAUGGCGAUCGCAUUGGCGAGCAAGAGGAACCGAUUAAGGUGUGGCAUGACUGGCACGCACUGGCAACGCUUAUGUUUCAGAUUCAUCAGCCUGCAGAGACAGAUCGCAAGAGCAACAAGGAUGCGUUGGAUAACCUUCAACGAGUUCAACUAGUAUGGCUCAACCGUGACGAGGAUCCAAGCGAAACAAACAUUGCUGAGCUAAAAACGUCAAUAGAGGAGUUCGAUGUGCCCUUGAAACCAAGUCUUAUAUUCAAACUGGAGCUUGACAGGGUGAAGGAGGAGGGAACAUUGCAUUGGGCAACUGGCAGCCCAGCGAAAAAGCCUGGGCCUUGA